UGGACAUUCAGUCGACCAUGGUAGUCUAAGACAAAUAGACUCCGAAAAAUGGCGUUAAAAAUAUUUUAUUUAUUAUCAAUUUUAUUUGUAGUGGUUUCCAGUGAACCAUUUCGGUUUGACAAUUACUCUCUUUACAAAGUCUUGCCUAAGAGUUUAAAAGAUGUGAAAUAUCUUCAAGAACUACAAAAUGCUGCUCCUGAAUUUGAUUUCUGGGAUGACCCUGUGCCGACCGCUGAUUAUAUUAAUAUUGUGUCCAAACCCGAACUGAAGAAAGAUCUGGAAAGCUUUUUGGCAUCCAACGAAAUUGAUUUUGUGAUAACACAAGAAAAUAUUCAAGAAUUAAUCGACAAUGAGAAGAAGAAGACCUACACAAGAAGCAACAUCAAAACUAUGGAGUUUGACAAUUACUAUACUUUAGAAGACAUCUACGCUUGGCUAGAAGAUUUAGCAGCCAGAUUCCCUGAAACCAUCUCUAUAAUAAUUGGAGGAACCACGUACGAAGGUCGAGAGAUUAAGGGCAUAAAGAUCUCCCAUGGUCCUGGUAGGCGAGCAGUUUUCAUUGAAAGUGGAAUUCACGCCAGGGAAUGGAUUGCUCCAGCUACAACUAAUUUUAUCAUCAACGAGCUUGUGUUUAGUGAUGAUGAGGAGAUAAAGGCUGCUGCUCGUGAUUUUGAUUGGUACAUCUUCCCUGUGACUAAUCCCGAUGGGUAUAUCUGGAGUCAUGUUGGCUUCCGACUAUGGCGCAAAAACAGACGUCCUUUUGGUAGUGAAUUCGGUGUCGAUCUCAACAGGAAUUGGAACGACAACUGGCUGAAGGAAAGCGCCAACUUGAAUCCAAGCUCCAACACCUAUGCUGGUCCAGGUCCCUUCUCUGAAAUUGAAGCCAGGUCAUUAUCUGCAUACAUCACAGAUAUGGCUGAUAAGAUUGACCUCUACCUGUCUUUUCACUCCUCCGGUCAAAUUCUUCUUCUACCAUUUGGAAAUACUACAGAACCUUUGGCUAACUAUUAUGAUGCUGUAAACUUUGCCACAGGAACAAGUGUGGACUGGGUAAAGGAGCGUCUAAAAAUUCCUCUAGCCUACUGCUAUGAACUUCGUGACCGAGGGCAAUUUGGCCAUCUUCUUCCACCAGAUCAGAUCUUGCCGACGAGUGAAGAAACCAUGGAUUCAACUAAUUCAGUACAGACAUUCCCCGAUUGUAAUUCUAACCCUCUUAUCAUAGAAUAUAGUCUUAAUUGGUCGGCAGUGACCAUUGCAAAUCAAAAUUUAGUGUCAAGAAGUAAAAUGUGGUUUAUAAUUCUUAGUUUAGUUUUAACAGUACCAAACGCUUUGAGUGAAUUUCGUUUCGACAAUUAUGCUCUUUACAAAAUUAUACUGAAAGAUGUGGAUCAAGUAAAUUUUCUUAAAACUUUACGGGAUAGUGACGCAAGAUUCGAUUUCUGGAACGACCCUGUCGCUCCGUCUAGUUAUGUGAACGUUCUGACGAACCCCAAAGACAGGAAUGAAUUUGAAAAUAUUUUGAAAUCUAAAGACGUGGAAUUUGAAAUCAGUACAGAAAAUAUUCAAGAUGCGAUAGACAGAGAGGUGAUAAAGACAUAUACAAGAGGCAAUAUAAAAAGUAUGACAUGGGAUGGUUACUACAAUCUGUCUUCUAUCAACGAUUGGAUUGAUGAUUUAGCUGCAACUUAUCCUAAAGUAGUCGAAGUCAUUACUGGUGGAACAACGUAUGAAGAUCGAGCCAUCAAGGGUCUUAAAAUAUCUCAUGGUGAAGGUAGAAGAGCGAUCUUUUUGGAAGGUGGUAUUCACUCCAGGGAAUGGAUCUCACCAGCUACAGUAACCUAUAUUACUAAUGAGCUGCUGACAAAUGAUAAUGAAGACAUAAAAGCUGCUGCACACGGUUUUGAUUGGUAUAUCUUCCCAGUAACGAAUCCUGAUGGCUAUAUUUGGAGUUUUGAAAACGCCAGAAUGUGGCGCAAGAAUAGACGUCCUAUUGGUGACCAUAUUGGUGUUGAUUUAAACAGAAAUUGGGAUAAUAACUGGAUGGUUGUAGGUGCAAGCUCAAAUCCUGCUCGCGACGAUUAUGCGGGUACAGCACCUUUCUCAGAACCGGAGACGAAAUCUUUGUCUGAAUUCUUAACGUCGAUUGGUGAUAAUAUUGACAUGUAUCUGUCCUUCCAUUCGUAUGGUCAGAUGCUGUUGAUACCAUUUGGAAAUACCACUGCACCGCUAGCAAACUAUCAUGAUGCUAGGAACAUCGGCGCCCGCGGCAUGGGAGCGUUAUCGGCUAAAUAUGGCACCCUGUACAGGACAGGAAACAUUGCUGAAACCAUUUAUCACGCCUCAGGCGGCAGCAUAGACUGGGUUAAAGAAGAAUUGAAGGUCCCAUUGGUGUACUGCUAUGAAUUAAGAGACAAUGGUGCUUAUGGCUUCGUUCUUCCAAAUGAACAGAUCCUGCCUAAUAACUUGGAAGUCAUGGACUCUCUUUUAGAACUGAUUUUCCAGGCUAAGAGAUUUGGUUACUUGCAGAGUAGUGGAUAUGGCAUCAAUGCUUCUCUUGUAUUAAUAAUGACGGCGUUAUUGGCAAUAUUUAUGCGAGAUUGAUUUGUAUUAAGUAGAUAUUAAAGUUAAUUUUUGUUGAGUUUUAAAUUGAUAUGUUUUAAUUUUUGUCUACACGCCUAAUUUUUUUAUGCGUAUCUCUUUCUUAAUUGGGAUUGGAUCUGCGAAAAUGUCAUCAUUGUCCUUUGCGCCUGGUGUUACACAUUAUUAAAAAUAAUACUAACUACGCAUAAUUCCGUUUUUCCCACUCCUGUUAGUGAUUUUCGGUAAAAAGGAAAAAAGUAUCGGAUAAAGAGUCCUACGUUUGUUUCCUGGAUCUAAGCUACCUCGCCACCAAAUUUCAUCCAAACCGAUUAAGUCAUUCUUGAGUUAUAAAUAGUGUAACUAACACGACUUUCUAUUACCUACAUGUAUUUAGAU